AUGGGGAUUGGUUCCUUGGUACUACAAGAAAGAACAAUAAUUGAAAGUGAGAUAUUUGAAGAUGGUAUCUCAAGUAACCAUAAUUCCAGAAGACUUGCUGAUUAUACUAAUGAAGUUGCUGACUUCAUCAUUGAAGAAACUACAAGAAACAAAAGAAAAGGGGAAGAAGAUAAGACAAUCAUUGAAACUCACAAGUUGCAAACAUUAGUAGAAGGACAACUUUUCAAAGAUAAAAAAAUGUUCAAAUCUGGACUUUGCUACUAUGCCAUGAUCAACAACUUUCAAUUUAGAACAAAGAGAUCAGAACCAAGAGAGUAUGUUGUCACUUGUGUGGAUGAGAACUGUAAAUGGUAUGUUAGAGCUUCUACAUUCAAACAUAUUGAAUAUUUCAAAGUUAGGAAGUAUGUGAAAGAGCACACAUGCUCAUUGGAAGUCAUCAUGGAGGAUCAUAGACAAGCAAAUUGCAAUGUCAUUGGAGAGCUCAUCAAGACAAAAUUUACGACAAUCAAGAGAGUGCACACACCAAAUGAUAUCAUGAAAGAUAUGCUUGAUGAUUAUGGAGUAUCUAUGAGUUACUCAAAAGCUUGGAGAUCAAGAGAAAAAGCUAUAGAAUUGGUAAGAGGAAAGACAGAUGAAUCAUACCAACAGUUACCAAUGUAUCUUCAUAUGUUAAAAGUAGCAAAUCCUGGAACCAUUACUAGCUUGACCACAGAUAACAAAGAUCGAUUCAAAUACUUGUAUCUAGCAUAUGCACAUUCCAUCAAAGGAUGGCAACAUUGUAGACCAAUUAUUGUGGUUGACGGAACCUUCAUGAAAUCUUCAUAUCGAGGCACAUUGUUCACAACAUCUACAAUGGAUGCAAGUAACAAUAUUUUUCCAUUAGCAUUUGGUGUUGGCGAUUCAGAGAAUGAUGAAGCUUGGGAAUAUUUCUUCACAAAGCUCAAAGAAACAUAUGGAGAACGUAAAGAUCUAGUAAUCAUAUCUGAUAGACAUCAAAGCAUCAAAAAUGCUGUUCAAACAGUAUACCCUAAUGUCUUCCAUGGAGCAUGCAUUUUUCAUCUACUUAACAACAUUAAGGCCAAUCUUCAUAUCCAUGGAGAUGAUUUGACUAUAAACUUUGUUAAAGUAGCAAAAGCAUAUACAUUGGUUGGGUUUGAGUACUAUAUGGCUGCUCUUGACAAAAUAGAUGCCCGUAUAAGGCCUUACUUAGAAAAAGUAGGUUGCCAUACAUGGGCGAGAUCUCACUCACCAAAAAGGAGAUAUACCAUGAUGACAUCAAAUAUAGCGGAGUCUAUUAAUGCAGCAAAUAAAGCGGCAAGGAAUUUGCCAAUAACCUUAAUGUUGGAAUGCAUAAGAAGCGUUGUACAAAAAUGGGUUUGGACUAAUGGAAAUGAGGCGAAUGGAACCUUUACAGCGAUAUCAUCAGAAGCUGAAGCUGUAUUGAGAGAGAACUAUCUAAAAUCUACUAAAUUUGAGGUGAGACAAUGCAAAACUAUUUUUUCAGAAGUGAUUGAAGAAAGAGGAACUUAUAUAGUCAAUAUUCAAGAGAAAACAUGCACAUGUAGAAGGUUUCAAGAAGAUGAAGUACCAUGUUCACAUGCACUUGCUGUCAUUGCAAAAAAAAGGCUAAAUUGCUAUGAGUUUUGUUCUGCUUACUACAAAACUGAAACAAUGAAAGCAACUUAUGCAGAAACAGUUUAUCCUUUGCCACAUGAGGAUGAAUGGAGUCUACCAGAAGAAUUGGACAUACUUGUCCUACCUCCAAAAGGAAAAAUUCCUCCCGGUAGACCAAGGAGGAGAAGGAUAAGAGCACGGGGAGAGCCAAGAGUGGUUAUGAAGUGUGGACGAUGUGGCAAAUCAGGUCAUAAUAGAAAAACGUGCAGAAACCCACCUAUGGAGAAGCCACACAAGCCAAGAGAAUGA